AUGUCUAAGAAUAGGUAAAGAAUAUAGUACUGAUAGUGUAAGUCUAAGUUAAGAUAAAAAAAAUAAAAUUUAGAAUACGGUUUGAUUAAAAUUAGAGUAAGAAAAAAUAGGACGAGUAAAGGCUUGAAGGCAAAGCUAGAGGUAAGAUAGGCUAGGGUGAAAUAAAACUAAAGCUAAUUUAUGGUUAAUGAAAAGCUAAAGAGGCUAAAAUAUAACUAACCCAAGGCGAUUGUAGGGCUAAGAUAAAGUAAAGUUUUGCUUAUAAGUAGAACAAGAGUAGAGCUAAAAGUAAGGCAAAAAUAAAGUUAUGGUAAGGCUAAAGGCAGGGCCGGGCGUUGGGGAAGGGGGGGUGGACGGGGAAGGGGACCCCCAAUUAAGUUGAACUUGGUCACCCCUGUGGAUUUUUGGCAAAAAUUUUUUACAAAAAAACGGCUCAAGUACCCGUGCCGAUUUUUUGGACCCCGCUUUCAGAACAAAAGUUCCCGCUUGGUCCUGCAUAAAGUUAAGGCUAAGUUAAAGUUAUAUACGGGUCAAGAUACGACAUAGUUACUUUAUUUUUCACUAUGGUCACACGUACAUAUCAUUAUUGUGCUUUCUCUGUAAAUUAUAAUGAGAAUAUCACACUAAUCGAGGUAAUGAUGUCGUAUUUUACUUUGCUUUAUAUUUUUUAAUUUUUUGGUCAAAAAGUAUAUAGAAAUGACGUUAUCUUCAAUGUUUUUGCUUAAUUUUUUCUAUCUUUAGGUAUCAUUUUGAGAAAGUUUUUGAAGAAGUCGUAUUUUACAAAAUUAUCAAUGUUUUUAAAAAUUUUAAUAUUUUUAAAAAUUUUGAAAUUUCAGGUUUAUAAAAAUGACAAUUUUCAAAUCGAAACUGCCUACAGUCACCAUCGACGAACGACCGGUCGGAGCCCAGAUCUUGGAUGCCAUUUGGAAGCAUUCUAUCGAAAACCCGUCCAAAAAAGCUAUGGUGGGUCUGAUUUACACAAAAUUUCAAAAAAUUUUAAUUUAAAAAAAAUUUUUUUGAAGUUUAAACUUUUCUUAAAAUGUCAUUCCAGAUAAAUGCCAAAGACGAAAGUGACUAUGUAACAUACCGUCAAAUGUAUCUUCACAUCCAGUCUUACGCUGCUUUUUUGAAUCAAAUUGGCUUUGGUCAUGAUGAUGUGACGUGCUUAGUCACUAAGAACCGCUGGGAGUACCCAGUGGUUCUUACUGGUACACUUAUGGUUGGAGGAGUUGUUAGUGCUGGGAGCUAUGCUUUUACUGAUUGUGAAUUUUUUAAUUGUUUGAUAUUUUUCAUCUACCGUACUGUGCCGUACCCUACUGUACCUUGCCUUACCAUACCCUGUUCCACCUAAUCCUACCUUACCAUGCCUUGUCUUACAAUAUUCUACUCUACCAUACCCUAUUUCACCUUGCGUUACCCUAACUUGCCUUACUCUACUCUAUCGCGUCUUAUUCUGUUCUAUAUUACCCUGUACUGCCCUAUGCUAAUUUAAUUUACCCAAACAAAAUCGUACUCUAGCCUUAUCUUUUUGGUCUGACUAUUAUAUUACAGUAGUUUACUGAAGCCUACGUUGCUGUGCCUGAUUUUACCUUACUCUAUCUUACCCUAUAUUACCUUUACGAAACUACAGUACUUUUCAAAUGCCUUGAAAUAUUAUAUUUCACAUUAAAAAUUUAAUAACGACGCUUCUUGCAGGGGAACUAACCCGCCAAUUCGUGGACUGUGGAGCCAGCCUAGUAGUGUGUGAACAUGACAUUCUAAGCAAGGUCUUAAUCGCUGUGAAAAAGGCUCCAAAAGUCAAAAAAGUAGUUGUACUUGGAGGUAAAACUGCUCCUGGCAAAGUUGGCGAUGUUCGGGUAUACAAUUUGGUUGAUGUUAUCAAGCAAGAGCCUUCUCAGAGGUUACCCAAAGUUAACUGGAGAGUCAAAAAAGAUCUGGCAUUGAUUCCUUAUUCUAGUGGUACUACUGGUGCUCCUAAGGGCGUGAUGAUUUCGCAUUACAAUUUGUCUGCUAUGAGGAAUAUCUUUCAUACGUAAGUUUAGUAUGGUACUAUGUAGUACUAGUUGAGUACUAUAAUAUAGGGUUUUUUUAGUACUUUUGAGUACUAUGACAUAGUUUGGUACUAUUUGAGUACUAUAAUAUAGUACGUUUUGGUACUAUUUGAGUAUUAUAAUAUAGUACGUUUUGGUACUAUUUGAGUACUAUAAUAUAGUACAUUUUGGUACUAUUUGAGUACUAUAGUAAAAUACUUUGUAGUACUAUUUGAGUAUUGGAAUAUAUUGCUUCAUAGUACUAUUUGUGUACUAUAAUAUAGUACGACUUACAUUUCUAUAAAGUACUACAAUAUACAUGCACUUUCAUACCUCUCCCUUUCAGCUUCGUAGAAACCUGCGUCUACCGAUCCAUCUCUCCAGACUACGACCCGAAGAACGAAGCCCUCUUACUAGUCCUACCAUUCUACCAUGCCUACGGAUGUCUCCUAAUGCUCGAUUGUAUCUUCACGGGCGGUACCUAUCUAGUAAUGGGCUCAUUCGAACCAGAAGUAUUUUGCGCUCAAAUUCAAAAGUACCGCAUCCAACUGGUACAUGUGGUGCCACCUAUGGUCGUGUUCAUGGCCAAAAGUCCGGUUGUGGACAGAUAUGAUCUCAGUUCGGUGAAGUGGGUGGGCUCAGGAGCCGCUCCGUUGGGUCAAGAUUUGAGCGAUGAGCUGAUGAAGAGAUUGCCUAAUAUCAGGGGGGUAUAUCAAGGUAUGUCAUAUUAUAUUGUGAAAGUUUAACAGGGCGUGAGAAGGUAAAAAUGGCAGUGAAAAGGCUUAAAAACGGACAAGAAUGCUUUGUUUUGGUUUCAAAUUGUCUAUAAAAAUGUUUUUCACAACCGAUUUUAAGCCUAAAACAGUAUUUUUGAUAUAAUCUUUCUUACCUAAAGCAAUAUCAACAUUAAAUUUUCCUUUUCCAGGCUACGGAAUGACCGAAAUCACCAUGGCGUCCCAUCUUAUGGACCCACUUCUAGCCAAAGGCCAGAAAAUGACCUCAAUCGGAGCCUUGAUCUCCAACAAUGAAGCCAUCGUUGUUGAUCCAAAAACCAACAAGAAGCUAGGUCCAAAUCAACAAGGUGAAAUUUGUGUCAAAUCCCCUACUAUAAUGUUAGGAUAUUUGCAUAAAAUGCAUGCGACAACAGCGACGAUAGACCAGGAAGGCUGGCUGCAUACUGGAGACAUUGGCUAUGCUGAUGAAGAUGGCCAUUUCUUUGUUGUUGAUAGAUUGAAGGAAUUGAUCAAGGUUAAGGGAUUUCAGGUAAGACCUAGCCUAGAGCCCUAGCCCAGGGCCCUAGCCCAGAGCCCUAGCCCAGAGCCCGAGCCCCAGAGCCCUAGCCCAGAGCCCUAGCUCAGAGCCCUAACCCAGAGCCCUUGCCUUAGCGUAGCAUUACGUUAGCCCUACUUUAGCUUCGCCCUAAUCUAGCCUAGUCCAACCCAAGUCCUACUAUAUCCCAACCCUAACCUUAAUCUAGUUCUAGUCUAGCCGUACCCUUCCUUAACCCCAACGUAGCCUUUCGCUAGCCCCGCCCUACUAGGUCUACCUAAGUCUUAUUCUUGCUUUACUGUAGAGAUAUCCUAACUUUACUCUACUCUACUCAAAACCUACUAUAGCCUUACUUUGGUCUUAUCCUUGUUUUACCUUUGCUCUACCUUACUCUUACUAUACCUUAUUAUAUCCUACCCUGUCUUACCCGAUUCAAGUCGUACUCCUACUCUACCAUAAUAUCCUCCUUACUUAAAAGUUUUAUGAAAAUGCAAUUCCAGGUCCCACCAGCCGAGUUGGAGGACCUUCUCCUAUCUCAUCCUUUGAUUGCCGAUGCUGCUGUGAUUGGAGUGAGAAAUCAAAAGUCUGGUGAACUUCCAAAAGCCUUCAUUGUCAGAAGAAAUAAGACGCUAACUGCUUCUGAAGUUCAAAAAUUUGUGGCUGGUAAGAUUUUUUGUAAUUUGAAGAAGUCUUGUCGCUAAUUUACAUUGACUUUAUGGUUGAAAAACGACAUGACUUUUUAAAUUUUUUUACUUUACCUGGUUAAAUAAGGUAAGGUGGGGUAGAGUAUAAAAAAGGUAUUUUUGGGGUAGGGCAAGGCAAAAAAAUAUUUUUUAGGGUAGGGUUGAGUAAAAAAUUUUUUUUUGGGUAGGGUAGGGUAUAAAAAAAAGAUUUUUUAGGGUAGGGUAGAGUAAAAAAAUCUUUUUUGGGAAGGGUAAAGUAAAAAAAAUAUUUUUUUUGGGUAGGGUAAGGAAAAAAAUAUUUUUUUGUGUAGGGUAAGGUAAAAAAUAUUUUUUUUAGAGUAGGGUAGGGUAUAAAAAAGAGAUUUUUUUAGGGUAGGGUAAAAUAGAGGUUUUAGGUUAGGGCAGGGUAAAAAAAUAUUUUUUAGGGUAGGGUGAGUUGAAAAAAAGGUUUUUAGGAAAGGGUAUGGUAAAAAAAGAUAUUUUUUAAAGUAGGGUGGGGUGUUAAACUUGAGAUUUAAACUCAAGUAUAAACGCCAUUUUCAGACAAAACGGCCCACUACAAGCAUUUGAAAGGGGGUGUUGAGUUCAUUGAUGAAAUUCCACGAAGUCCGUCAGGCAAGAUCCUACGGAAACAUUUACGAGAUAUGCCCAAAUCCAAGUUAUAA